CCCGGCAAUAUACUUUGCCUCCUCGGGUGGAAACUUCUUUCUUUCUUUGGGUGUGUCAAUGGAGAUGGGCGCGCGUUGAUUUCUGCAAUUUUGACCCAAAGAAACAUUAAUAAGAUUCCAGUUCCACUGUUUCCCAGGUCUGCAUUUUCCUCCCCCGCCCCUUCUUUUGUUUCUUUACUUGUCGUCGCUUCGUCUGUUUGGUUGGUUGGUCGCCGUCCCAUGGAUGGGUAACUGAAUUCACCCCUUUUCUGUCCCUUUUUUAAUUCUAUUUCCGCUCCUUGUUUGCAUCUUAUCUUCGCAAUCCAAGAUCUGGGUUCCGUUUCUCGACUCUCAAAGCUCCCGACUUCGCAUGUCAACGGCGGAACAACAUCACUUGACCUGAAUUCUUAAGGGUUCCUUCGGGGGAGUCGGAAUUCCCCACUGUGGAUGGAGAGUUGCAGUGCGGAGGAGGGAUUCUUCGAUACUAGGGAAGAGGUCUCUUCCGUCUCCGAUUGGGCUUCCGAUUCCGACGGCAACGGUGUUUCCCCCAAUUCUCAGUUCGAGAUUUGGGCUAAGAAUAUGGAGAGCGUAGAGGAUCGGCGGCGGAGGUUCCUCGGAUGGAUGAAUCCGAGUUUCGAGCGGGGUUCGGUGGAGGAAUUGGAGAAGGAAAGUCUCGAGAAGAUCGAAUCGGAGAUUGAUAGAGUGAUGGAUGAUAGCGGCGCAGUGUUGAGAACUUCUGGUUCUGAUGAACGCGACUUCUGGUCUGACACUUUGUCACGGUCUACUUCCUGCCAGUCUGCUGAAGCUCGGGAAUCGUUUGAAGAUGGUGCUUCGGAGGUGGAUUUCAUGUACAAGAUCAGGAACUUAGACGACGGGAGGGAGUUUGUCUUCGAAGAACUGGAUCAAGCUGGAAUCUUUAGCAGAUUGCGGGAAGUGGGAUCGGAUCGUUCUCUUAGCUUUGAAGAGUUCCAGAGAAGUAUAGGAUGGUCACCUUUGAUUCAGCGGCUUCUUCGUCGAUAUGCAGAUGAGGCAAGAACCAUGACGGAAACUAGGAAGAAACCUAAGAGGGGUUGGCUGAGGAAUUUUAGAUCAUCACCAGCUCACAUUGCCGAUAAGAUCAAUGGUAAUGAGCCAUCUGGAGAGAACAAGUCGCAAAGAGUUAAGGUUCAUUCUCACAGGAAGAAGACCAAGGAGUUGUCUUCACUGUAUGCAGGUCAGGAAUUUCUGGCUCAUAAGGGGUCUAUUCUGACUAUGAAGUUCAGUCCAGAUGGGCAGUACUUAGCUAGUGGUGGAGAGGAUGGUAUUGUAAGGGUGUGGAAGGUCAUUGAGGAUGAUCGAUUUAACCGGCUUAAUGUUCUUCCGGGCAGUGAUCCUUCAUGUCUUCGCUUCGCAAUAGACCAUCAAUCGAAUAUAACUUCUUUGGAUGUAGAUGCAAUUGCAAAGAACGAUGGCCAAACGAAGAGACAUAUUUCUUCGGACUUGACUUGUGUUGUUUUGCCCCCAAAGGUGUUUAGAGUUCUUGAGAAGCCUCUUCAUGAAUUCCGGGGUCACAGUGGUGAGGUUUUGGAUCUCUCCUGGUCGAAGCAGAGGUUGCUUCUAUCUUCAUCAGAUGAUAAUACCGUACGCAUGUGGCAAGUGGGAUGUGACAAAUGCCUGAGAGUUUUUCAUCAUAACAACUAUGUGACUUGUGUCCAUUUCAAUCCUGCGGAUGAAGACUAUUUCAUUAGCGGUUCAAUAGAUGGGAAAGUCCGAAUCUGGGAAGUGUCUCGAUGUCAAGUCAUUGAUUACACGGAUGUCAAAGAGAUAGUCACUGCUAUAGCUUAUCGUCCUUGUGGGAAGGGAGCUAUUGUGGGCACUAUGAGUGGAAAUUGCCUCUUCUAUGAGAUCAGAGAUAAUAAGAUGAGACAGGAUACUGAAAUAUGUUUGCAAGGGAAAACCAAAUUGCCUGGCAAGAGAAUAACUGGCUUUGAGUUUUCUCCAAGUGACCCGAGCAAAGUAAUUGUCACAUCUGCUGAUUCUCUCGUGCGAGUUCUCUGCAGCUCAGAUGUCAUCUGCAAAUUUAGGGUGUCCAGCCUUCGGGUUGCAGCGAACCAGAUGCACGCCACUUUCACCUCAGAUGGAAAGCACGUCGUCUCUACAAGCGAUGAUUCCAACAUCUACAUUUGGAACUAUGAUAAACAGGAAAAGAAGUCAUCUUCUCGAGCUAGGCAUAUCCAUUCCUACGAGAGCUUCAUCUCCCAAAAUGCUUCAGUCACAAUACCUUGGCGUGGGGUUGAAACUGCGCCAGGCACGAUCUUAUCUCCACCGCCACCCAUUGGAGACGUCGUGCAUGAAACUAGCAGCAGCAAAAGCAUGAUAUCUUCACCAGAUUGUUUCUCGCUGACUCGUGGGUUUUUGUUAGAUUCGUUGAUCAGGGGAUCUGCCACCUGGCCCGAGGAGAAGCUUCCUGACACGAGACCCGUGUCAGUUUCAUCAACACCAAAGUUGAAACCGGAGUUCAAGUUUCUGAAGAACGCAUGCCAGAGUAUGUUCAAUUCUCACAUGUGGGGCCUGGUGAUUGUUACUGCAGGCUGGGAUGGGAGGAUUCGAACUUACCUCAAUUACGGGUUGCCCCUGCGUGUUUGACUGAAGAAAACGUGUGAAGGAAGCAACAGUAUUUAACUAAGUUUUGAUUCAUUCCUGUACCUAUAUAGAUAAGACUGUCCUCUUCUUUUAUGGGGCAGUGUAUACAAAUAGAGAAAGAAGAAGAAAAAGGAAAAAAAAGCUGCUUAGGUUUACGCAUUGUGGACCUGAGUGAAGAUUUACAAAGGUUGUACAAUUGUUUGAGGAGUCGGCCCAUUGAAAGGCAGGCUGCAAAUUUGUAGCAUCUCAAUGUAAUCUGCAAAAACCCAAGUGCACUGGAUUCACAGUGUUUUUGGUAUUGAAACUGUGUAUAAAGAAACAAGUUCAUAUGAUUCUUUCAUUGGUUCUGUACUGAUAGCCAUAUGGAGGUUUUCGGCUGGUCUGUUGUGAUUCUCUGAAAUGACUGCUCCGUACAGCUGUAAUCCGGUCCCAAUAAGGAUUUCUAACGGUUCAACUUUCUGAUUUCCC